AUGUGUUCUACGCUCAGGUUCAAUGACGUGUUGGAUGCAGCAAUGCUUAGGGAGUCUUUGUCUCAAUUGAUCGCUCUUCCAGGGUGGAGGAAGCUUGGUGGACGUGUCCGAAUGAAUAGCAAAUGCAAACUCGAAAUUCACAUCCCGAAGACUUUUUCUUCGCAACGGCCUGCUUUUGGGUUCCACCAUACCACCUUCGACACCAGCAUAGAUGAACAUCCUCUAGCAUCCAGGCUCCCUAAACCAACUCCCGAAAAACCGUCUAUCCAUAACCAGCACUCCGAUUUCAACACUUUCGAAGUUCCACCAGAUACUCCACUGUGUCUAGACGACUAUCUCAAGUCUGAUCAUCCACAGUUGACACUCCAUAUUGUAUCUUUCACAGACGCGACUCUGGUGUCCAUAUGUUGGCCUCACAUUGCUGUCGAUGGAAUAAGUCUGGCUCAUAUAGGCCAUGCAUGGAGUAUUUCGCUUGCCGGGCGCGUAUCUGAGAUCCCAUCCAUGCUGUCAGCGAACGAUGACCCCAUGGCCAACGCCGGACGCGACUCUUCUUGCACAGAACAGCAUCCCCUAGAGAAACAACAAAUCACCGGUUGGCGGAUGUACCUUUUUGCGUUUUACUACGUUUUAGACCUUCUCUGGUGGCGUACCAUCGAAACUAAGGUGCUUUUUCUACCAAAGAAUUUUGUCAAAGAUCUACGCGACCAAGCUUUGUCAUCCCUCAGCAAAGAACGUCCAGCUCCUUUCGUCAGUGAAUCGGACGCCAUAGUCGCCUGGCUGACCGUCGCUGUGACAUCGACUCUCUUCCCAAGUGGUUCGAACCGCUCUGUCACCAUCGGGAAUGCGUAUGAUCUCCGAGGCCGUGCACCUUCGUUAUUUCCAGUUUCGAAUGGCAAAGGAGCAUACAUUCAAAACGCUGUAUUCCCAUGCUGGGCAAUUGUACCAGCAAAAAAAGUUCAUAAUCGGGACGAAGAUACACUAGGGUCGAUUGCUUUGGCAGUUCGUAGGAGUAUCCAAGAGCAGACAACCGAAGCUUCAAUUCACGCCCAAGCUCGGCUCACGAGGGAUUCAUUGGAGGUUUCUGGAAUACCGCCUAUGUUUGGAGACGUCAACCAGUUUACCAUACAUUUUGCCAGUGUCAGAGCCGACCUGGCAGAAUCACUGGAUUUUCGUCCAGCCAUCAAGAGUGUAUUCCGAUCAAGCGAGCGUCAGAAUCCUACCAAGAGUGUCUGGGCAGCAUCUCCAGGUCAUCCUGUUUACUACCACAUCAAGUGCAUCAGUCCAAACAAUAUGCUUGCGAGGAAUUACUCCCUCAUCACCAAGACUUCAACUGGCGAUUAUUGGAUUAAUGGAAAUUGUCCACCCGAGGUGUGGAAGUUGAUGGAGUCGAUGAUCAGUGAUUUUGUUCCAUGGCUGCACGGUCAAGGGUGA